AUGUGCAGUUGUUUUCUGAUUCAGAUGAUUGAGGAGCUUGGUGGUUCUCUCACUGCUGAUGGGAGUACAAGCACUGAUGUCAUUACAGGAAAAGUGCGGAAAACUCUAAAUUUUUGUAUUGCUCUCUUUUCAGGACGAGUUGCCUUACAUACUAAUGAUGAUGACUACAUAUCGAAGUAUCGAGCCAGCCUAAAAGCUGCAGGUCUCAGGGCAAAAGCAUGUCCUGGAGCUUUAUUUGAAGGGUAUGAUGUUUGCAUAUCAGCUCACGCUCAACCACCACCUAAAACUCUAUCCCUGAUAGUCAAGUCAGCCGGUGGAAAUGUGAUUCAUGAGCUAGAUAAAGUAAACAACGUAUGGAAGACGAUCUUUGUGGCUUGUGAGGAAGACGUGGAGGAAGCCUUGGUGGUCGUAGAAAAAGGGAUAUGGACUUUCAACGUUGAAUGGCUAAUGGCAUGUAUAAUGAGACAAGAAGUAGACCUGGAGGCCCCUCAAUUUGCUGAGUCCCUAUGAGAAACAAGGUCACCCUAACUUUCAGUUUUGAACAAGCAGCAGCCAGCCAUUUCGUCCUUGUGUAAAUCCACUCUUUUCUCAACUCACUCUAAUUUGGUACAUAAACAAACUCUGAUCGCUCCAUCUCUAUAUUCAUCAGUACAUAAAAGACGAUAAGUUUAUUCAUGGAGAAAGUUGGAUGUAAGUAUGUUUUAGGAAUGGCCCUUCAUUUAGUAACUUUGGGAAUUGUAAAAAUGAGGUAAUGAAGUUCUAUCAAGUUGAAUGUUCUUGUUUAUGUUAGAUGAGACUGAUUCUUGGAUACCAGAAUUAACUUGAAGUACGUGUUUGAGUUCCAUUGGAGUGAUUAGAGAAAAAAUGUUCCUUUAAAAA